AGCAGCGCUGUGUAUCAGUUUCUCUCAUGGAGCAGAGACUCAUUCUGCAUGAGACCCAAGCGCUUGAGCGUGUGGACAGUGUGAGAGGCUGAAGUGACGCAGCUGAUGUGUUUGACACUGGAACACAAUGACUCUACUGGGAUCUGAGCGUUCUGUUCUGAUUCGCAGCAACUUUAAAUCAGUCCUGCAGCUGAGACUCCAUCAGAGGAGGAGGAGAGAGCCGGACAUCAUCCCUCCCUUGAAGAGUCUGGCUGCGCUCCAUGAACAGAGGAAAAGUCUGGAGCGAUCCAAGACUGGAGAUGAUUUAAAACACAAAAUCAGAAGUCGACCAGAGAAAUCUGAGCUUGUCAACAUGCGUAUUCUACAAGUGAACCAUGGGAAGCUGUCGCAGCAGGAGGACUCGUACGUGUUUGAUGAGGACAGCAGUAGUGAGAGUCUGUCUCCAGAUCAGCCGCACAGUGAAGAGUCACAGUGUUCAGCUGAAGCACUUACAGAGAACAAGAGCAGCUCCAGCUCACCCACACUCACCAACACUGAUCACGGGUCUCAGAGCACUCAGAGUCAGGUGGAGAAUGUGACAAACAGCCAGGAAACACCUAUUCCUGUUCCUGCAAUAGUCAAGCCGUCCAAAAUGUCUGAGAAGAACCGCCACAAGAAACCCAAAGACAUCAAGCCUAAAGUGAAGAAGCUGAAGUACCACCAGUACAUCCCACCAGACCAGAAGACAGAGAGAUGUGCUGCGCCGCAGAUGGACUCGACGUAUGCACGUCUCCUGCAGCAGCAGCAGCUCUUCCUGCAGCUACAGAUCCUCAGCCAGCAGAAACACCAGCACAACCUGCAUCCACCUCCACCUGCACCUCCACCUCCACCGCAGCAGAGCUUCAGACACAACACCACACACACGCCGUCCGGUGAGCAGCAGUCAUGUUCGUCCAGUGUUCAGAGCAGCAGCAGCACGUCGUCUCCAGUGAAGAGCAGUAACCCGUCCAUGAGACCCGUCAGACCCGGACCGCUGCCCACAGACCUGGACGACCUGAAGGUGUCUGAGCUCAGGAUGCAGCUGCGGAUGCGUGGUCAGCCAGUGUCCGGCACCAAGACGGCACUCAUCGAGCGACUGCGGCCCUUCAGAGACUCCAGCUGCUGUUCUCCAGCAUCUUCUGCAGACGUGUUCCCCGUGACGCCUGCCGCAUCGCUCUCGUCCUUCCACUCGCCCGGCGCUGGCUUCUACUGCAGCAGCGGCUCCACACCACCCAUCUCUCCGGUCUCCUCCGAGCUCUCCGUCAGCAGCUUCAGCGACGUCACCAUGUCCUCUCCUCCAGCCCGGCUGAGCGCAGACGAGGGCCUGAACACAGAGAAGGACAAGAUGUUGGUGGAGAAGCAGAAGGUGAUCGAGGAGCUGAUGUGGAAGCUGCAUCAGGAGCAGAUGCAGGUGGAGGAGCUGCGCAUGCAGCUGCACAAGAGGAAGCGCACGCAGGACUGUCCCGCUCCGCCACAGUAUAUGAUGCAGACACAGCAGUUCUACAGCGUGUCCAUCAAGCAGGAGCAGGAGGCGUCCAGCUGUCCUCUGGCUGUCAAGCAGAUGAAAGGCGGCUGCAUGACGUCUGGAAGCCUGUCUGUGUUCCUGAGCCCUCAGAGUUCUCCCGACACCAAUCCCUCGAGCAGCCCCUCGUCGCAGCUGCUGAGAGACUCACACACACCGCUGCAGAACACAAGCAGAGCCCCGCGCAGCACACAGCAGAAGAGCUGCUCGUAUGCUCCCGAACAGAGAAACCUGCAGACACUUUACUGUCAGAGUCCUUCAGAGAACAACGUCAGCGUCAGAGGAUCCACCAAAGCCAAGAGCGCCGGCAUACAGCAGAAAGAGUCUCCGUGUCUCUCUCGGCGGGACGGUGAUCCUCACUCCCUCACAUCCAGCUCUAUCUUCUGUAGCUCAGCUCCUCCUGUCUCCGGCAGCAGAGGUCCGCCGCGUUACGAGGAUGCUGUGAAACAGCAGAUGUCACGCAGCCAGCAGAUGGAUGAGAUUCUAGACGUCCUCAUCGAGAGCGGAGAAAUGCCAGCUAACGCCAAAGAAGAGCGCUCUCCUGUAACCAAAGUUGUGCCUCACCUUACAGUUUCUCCCAAGUUCCCCCGACACUACAGUCACGUGACUCCCUCCACGCUGUGCUACGAUCACGGAGACGCUCCUCUGGAGGUCACCGCCGAGGGUCGCGGCCUGGGAAUGACCUUUGGGGAGUCGCCGUGGGAGACGAUGGAGUGGCUGGAUCUAACUCCGCCCAGCUCCUCCCACACCUUCCACAGCGGCCCGCCUCCAUCUGGACCGAGCAUCUUCAACACCGAGCUCCUGGACGUGACCGACAUCAGCCUGAACCUGGAGCACUGGUGAAGAGAAACAUCACGUCCACACCCACAGCGUCCAUCGAAACCACUGGAGAUUCUGGGGAACAAGGUUCUGAUUACUGGAAACAGAAAUGAACUGGGUUCAGACACAUGAACAUGUUUAGUUGUCUGCACACUUGUGGCGUGGGAGAGCAGGUAUUAAUGCGUCACACAGGUAUAUCACCUGCACUCUCUUGUAAAUAUGAGCUUACAGCAGGAUGUCACGCUUUAUAUGAGCUUUUCCUUCCUUCCUGUCACCAUCGUGACUUUAAUUUAUUCUUGGUUUUACGUGUGAUAUGGAAGCAUGUUUCCAUCACGGGAUAUCAAUUAACAGUAUUUGUGUCUUUACAGCUCAGACUGAAUCUUCAGAAUGACAAGAUAUAAACUCUGAAUUUUGACCUUUUUUUCUGAAUAGAGUUUACAUUUGACAGUUUAUAAGUUUUUUCCCACUAGUGAAAACAGCUAAUUAUCUUUUUAUCUCACAGUUAUCACUUUUUUCCUCAUAAUUUCAUUCCUUAAUAUUCUGAUUCUAUCUCAUAAUUUUGAAUUUUUAUCUCACAAGAUUUUCCAUCUUGUAAUUCUGGGAUUUUAUCUUUCAAUUCUGAGUUUAUAUCCUUGAACUCUGACUUUCGGUCUCAUAAUAAUGAAUUUAUAUCCUGCAAUUCUGACUUUCUAUCUUAAUUAUUUUCUCAGAUUCGUGGGGGCAAAGUCCAAACUGUGAGAAAUAAGGUUGCAACUAUUUUUAAUAUAUUUUUUGCUCUACACUUUAUGUGAAAAAUAACAUCACCAAAUCUCAGCUCUUCACAAUCACUGGAGAAGAGAACUGUAUUUUAGCACGAUCAAGCCUUUUAAUCUCUGGUCAAAAGAUCAAAGCAGAUGAAGUAUUAAAAAGUUAGGGUUAGAUAAAUCAUAUUUUGCUAAUAAUUUCUUCCCCCCAAAGUGUGUUUUGCAUUCUAGAUUAUUAUAUUACUGCCACUUCUGUUGUUUUGAACAUUCAUUAGCUCUUUUUUUUUUAUUUGUUGUUUUUAUUAUUUUUGGAUCUUACUCUUCUGAUGUAUUUAUUUCCACCUUUUAUUUUCAUUGGCAUAUUUAUACAUAUUUAUGAGACAUUCCUUUUCAUUAAAAACAAAAUAUUCUCAUGGUUAAAAAAUGAUUAAAAUGAGGACACCAGAGGAAAAAUAAUAUUCAACUCCAUAAUUUCCUUGUGAAAUCUUCCUCCUUUAUUGAUAUUUUUAAGGACGAGCUCAUGUUCUGACACACAAACAGAAGGUUUUUAAUCCCGGCUGAUUUAUUUGAUGACUUCUCGUCCCUGUUUCUCAGAAAAGACAAUCAGAAGCAUACUUCACUAACAGUGAUGCCCAUCUUUAUUUGUGAUUAAUUAAAUCUAAUAUAUAGAUCAUAUAAGUUCAACUGUGAAAUUUUACUGGGGCAAAUUUGGGACCUGACUUUUUAAAGAUCUUUUGUUUUAGCUUUUAAUACUGAUCACUAAAUAGCGGAGUUUUUUAAUAAAUGAUAUCAGCUCAACAAAAGCUCAAACUGUGAAUAAAUAUAUAUAUAUAUAGAUUUUUUUUUCUUUCAUGAAUUUAAAUAUGAUUGUUUAUGUUAUUUUCUGGUCUCUAAUCAUAGUUUGCGCCACUGAAUGCUAAUGUACAGACCUUUAUGAAUGCUUUACCGUGCCGCGAGACCUUACAAUACAAAUGAAUCAGACAGAGAAAUAAGAAAUAAACCCUGGGAUCUGAAGUCCAUGAAUAAGCUUUGAGAGCAUUUUAGACCAAGAACAAGCUGUUUUCUAUUCGAGACUCAGUAUUAAACACAGUACUGUUUCGAUUAGAGACUCUUAAUACAACCAGCUCAGAUAUUAGGUCUGUAAUCCAGAAGAACUGUGUGUAAAGUUUGAUGUUAUUUUUCUAUGUUUGAAGUGACUUUGCUGUCUUCUGGAGAGUAAGAUGUUCCUCUGUAUGUUCACCAUUACUCUUCACCUCCUAAAUGGAGGUUUUGUGCCUUAUUUCUUGUUCAUCUGGGGAAAAUAUAUUUGUAUGACAGAAAGCUCUUGUAUUGCUAGGCCACUGAACAACAUUAGCAUAUUAGCAUACAUUAGCAGGUACUUGAUCUGGAAUAAAUGCAGUAAUAACUA